AUGGAGGGCAGUAUUUAUCAGUACACGGUGUUUGUAAGUGAGCAGUGUCACGAAGUAGCCUUUUUCGGACUAAAUUUCGACCAGCACAACUCAGGAAGAUUCUGCCACAGGUGCGGGCGAUUCGUGAGAAUGCCCGCUGGCGCGACAGAUGAGGUGAAGAAAGUGAGGAUGGACAACCACGCGGAGGAGUGGUGUCCCCUCGCCUCCCGCAAAACCGUAGAAGAAAGGCGAGCGAAGCGAAGGCGCCUGGAUAUACUCGGAGGCGAAGAACUCCACUACAUUCCAUGUAUGCUUUUUAAUUUCUCUUUAUGA